AUGAGACUCAAGACCGCCUCAUCCCUUUUGGUGGCCACAGCCCUCGCAGCAGUGUCCUAUGCCCGCCCAGAAUUGGUCCUAUCCAACGACCAGCGCAAGAUCGUUGACAUUGGUUCCUUUGGUUUCCUCUCUGGUGCCACUCUCGAUAUGAACCUUCAAGGCCUCGAGAUUACAAAAUACAAAGGAGACGAUGGCGAGGAGACGCGCAUUGGAUUCCUUAUCCUGAAAGGUCCAACGGAAGCCGAUGCCAUGGACUGGGAAGAGGGAUGUCUCUUGGACGACUCUGUCAUCAAGGAGGAAAUCGAGCAAGGAAGAAGCGAGUUCCUUCCGCUCGACCCCACAAAGACGACAUUCGAAUAUCACCAUGACGUUAUCAAAGGAGAGGAGGAGAUGUGGAAUAUGUUGUUCCUCAACUGCCCGCGGAGUCUGGUUUCCUUCAAGUUGAAGACAACAGAGAUCAACCCAGGAAACAACUAUUUGAGUGCAGGAGACGUUCCUUUGCCAAAGGUCUACGGGGGAGCUGCGCUGGCGUAUUUUGUGGCGAGUGCUCUUUGGGCAUACAUGUUACUGAAGAAGGACACCAAGGUCUUUUGGCCUCACAAGUUGAUCUACAUGAGGACGGGAGUUGAUGCCGAGGGAUGGACCGUCAUGUACUACAUUUUCGCCUUCCUCAAGGGAUCGUUGAGCAUUCUUAUUAUCACUUUGAUCGCCUCUGGAUGGAUGUUCAUCAAGCCAUUCUUGUCGCAAAAGGACAAGAAGAUCAUUCUCAUCAUCAUUCCUCUUCAGAUCAUCUCCAAUGUUGCCUCUACUAUCGAGAAUGAGACAGCUAUUGGAUCAAUCAACUGGGCUUUCUGGUCUCAAGUCUUCCCUUUGGUUGACCUCAUCAGUUGUAUUGUCAUCUUGGGAGUUAUUGUCCAGACACAGCGACACUUGAGCGAGGCUGCAGAAGCCGAGGGCAAAGUGGCGGAGAACAAGAGCAAGUACAAGCUGUGGGGUUCCUUCUACUUGGUGACGGUGACCUACAUCUACUUGACCAGGAUCUUGGUCCAGUUCAUGAAGGUCGCACUUCCCUUCCAAUAUGUGAAUUGGUUGGUUGAGCUCUUAAACGAAGCCAUCACCCUUGGUUUCUAUGCCACCAUCGGACCUUACGCCAACAACCCUUACACACUGAUCGACGAAGACGACUUGGACAACGAUGAUAUCGAGUCGGGCAUCAAUGGCGGCGAGACACAUGGACUUCAAACCAUGUCCAGACGUGAGGGUCGUGGCGGCGAGCGCGAUGAAUAG